CCGGCGAGGCUUUGAAAGUGUUGAGUGUGACUUCAGUCCAGGAGAGACCAUGUCCGCCGUCAUAGGCAAACUGUACUCACCUCUACUCUCAUUUAAAACUCAUUCUCCAUGAAAUAACAGUAACGCGGGGCCUCAAGGAUGGCCAACUCGGGUGCUGUUCAGGUGAAACUAGAACUUGGUCAUCGUGCCCAGGUCAGAAAGAAACCCACUGUGGAAGGCUUUACCCACGACUGGAUGGUGUUUGUCCGAGGACCAGAGCACAGCAACAUUCAGCACUUUGUGGAGAAAGUAGUUUUUCACCUGCACGAAAGCUUCCCUAAACCAAAAAGAGUGUGCAAGGAUCCACCAUACAAAGUGGAGGAGUCUGGAUACGCAGGCUUCAUUUUGCCUAUUGAAGUUUACUUCAAAAAUAAGGAAGAACCGAAGAAAGUUCGCUUUGAUUACGACCUGUUCCUCCACCUGGAGGGCCACCCACCUGUCAAUCAUCUCCGCUGUGAGAAGCUAACCUUCAACAACCCAACAGAGGAGUUUCGUAGGAAGCUACUGAAAGCCGGCGGGCAACGGGAUCCUCAUAAACGCAGUUCAGAAGACUCAAAAGUGAUGGUAAUGCAGGAGGGCUCCACCUCCCUGUUCGGCCAGCACCUGAAGCUGCCUACACUUCCCAACAGCUCGCUGACAUCCACCUUCUCUGACCCAAAGAAGAGCAAAAGCUUCCAUGGGUCAAAGGAUGGCUCCAAAGGAAGCAGUACAACCCUUCUCACCACCGCCACAACCACCAGCACCAACAGCAGCAGCUUCUCCAAACUCCACAAACCCUCCAAGGACCACAAAGACAAGCCUCCAAAAGACUUGAAAGAGCCCAAAAGUGCCUUCAGAGACUCUGGCUGGGAACCCAGCAAAGCCCCCAAAGAACCUUCCAGGAAACCCAAAGAGAACCAGCCACUUAGAGAUACAAAUCCUAAGAUGGGCUUCAAGGAACCCAAGUCUUUGUCCAAGGAGCAUCGGACUGAGGGGAUGACCCACGGGUCAGGGCUGAACAAGCGUCUGUCCACCCCUGAUGGUGACGAUCACAUCACCAAAAAACGCAAAAAGGGAUUUGUGGAUAUAUCAGGGAAGCAGACUUCAGGGUCAGACGCUCAACAUUUGGAUAAGAAACUCUUGAAGGAUAGAUCGCAGAUGCGAACAAGUAAACUGCGACCAGAAGGUGACGAGGCAGAGCGCAGGAAGGUGACGACACUUCCGCCAUUCCAGGAACUGGUCGACCCCAAUGACUCGGAUAUGGAGGACCAGUCCACCAAAUCAGAUUCUGAACAGCCCAGUCCAGCCAGUUCCAGCUCCAGUUCAGGCUUUGCUCCCACACACCACAAGCGACAAGUGGUGGACUUCAUCAUCAGGAAAAGGGUGGCUAUUCCUGCCACCACCCACACAGUGCUGGGCCCGCUGCAGUCAGUCAUGCAGGAUCUGCACUCAGAUGACAACGAUGAAGAUUCGGAGGACGACGAUGACAACGACAUGGACUCUGAUGUGGAGCGACCAGCACACACACAUCUCACACACCACCAACGCAGGGUCAGUUUGAGUGAUGGCAGUGAGAGUGACAGCUCCUCGCCCUCACCCCCAUCCCGCAAUGAAGCCCCGCCCCUUCUAAAGACUACUAAUAACCAGAUACUGGAAGUGAAGAGUCCCACCAAGCAGAGCAAGCAGGACAAGAACAAAAACAUAGAUUGUGACAAGGCUUACCUGGAUGAGCUGGUGGAACUGCACAAAAGACUGAUGACACUAAGAGAGGGUCACAUACUGCAGCAGAUUGUGAACCUCAUCGAAGAGACUGGACACUUCCACAUCACAAACACUACUUUUGACUUCGACCUUUGCUCUUUGGACAGAAGUACAGUAAGAAAACUCCAGAGUUACCUGGAAACCUCCGGACUGUCCUGAGUCUCUGAGCAGCUGGCUGCUGGAUCUCUGUCUCCACAUAGACUUUUGAUUUUUCUUGAAUAAACUCCAACUUUGGAUGCAAUGCAAAAGCCCCACUGUGGCUGGGUCCAGUUGCUGUGCGUCCAGCCUGCUGGUUGGACUGGGCUCUCUGAAUGAAGAGGUGGUCCCGCUGCACAAACCAGAGCCAGGUAUUGUGGGGAUGAGCCCUGUCGAUCAGGAGAUCACCCAGAAAGCCUUGAAAACUUCACUUGAUUUAUAAAAAAAAAAAAAAAAAAAAACAAAGUGGGGAGUGGCGACCUUGUUGCUCUUAAUGAAUGUGCAUAUUGUUACCAUGUAUGUUCCUUGAUUUGUUGUUCAUUGUGACAAAUGCAUGGUCAGCAUUGCCUUACAACAUUGUAAGUCUUAUUUAUUGAAUUUAAUUUGCAGGCGUGUGUGUGCGUGUGUGUGUGCGUGUGUGUGUGCGUGUGUGUGUGUGUGUAUUUGAAAAUGGCAAAAAGAAAAAAGCGCAGAAUGAGACUUUGUUGAAGCACUUCACAACAGGCAUAUCUUUGAAUCUGUGUGAGCAUUACUGAGGACUCUCGAUUUGUCACUGACUUGAAUUGAAAUCGAAUGUCAUACUGAAUAAUUUCAAUGGGAAGAAAAAACUGCCACAGGAGGUGUGAAGGUGAUAAAUUUAAAUUCCGAUCCAUAAAAGAGCAGUCUCACAGAAACACUCCUAAAUCUUGUGAGAUUCAGCCAGAGGUCUGGAGGGGAGUGGUUUGACAAAUAAGGGAUUUUUAAAAUAAAAUGGGGCUACAACUGGGUCACAAUAAAGCCCAUUCCAAUCCAAAAAUUGUGGUUGUGGUGAAACUCUUAUCUAGUUACUCAGACAAAUUUUAGUGCUCUAAAACAAAUCCCAGAUGCAAGCAAAUCCCCAAAGGAGAAGGCCGUAUCCGCUGGCUUUUUAAGGCUAAUUUUGGCUAAUUUUAAGAACUUUGUGACAAAAUGAUCUAAUUGGAAUCUAAAUUUGCCUGGUUUGGGGAUAACCAACCCAGUCCCCAACAUAAAUGUUGGCAUUGUAAGUUUUUGCAAACCAGGGUUACCUUUUUACAUUUAAACAACGCUGUAGUUUAUGUGUAAUUAGGUUUAGGCACAAAACCACUUGGUUAGUGUUGGUAAAAGAUCAUGUUUUGUCUUAAAAUACACACUUUGUGGCACUGUUCCAGCAGGAAAGGCAGGAAAUUCUCGGUUAAAAAAAAAAAAACUACCGCUUUUCAUGGCACUAUCCCGACAGGAAAAGCAGUAGUAUCUGGCAAAAGCCACAAUUUUUUGUGGAACUUCCCAACAGGAAAAGCCACAAUGUCUCAGCAAAAUCAGCCACUGUUUGUGCCGCUAUCCUGAAAAGAAAACCAACAUCUCGUUUAAAUCGACUUUUCGUGGCCCUAUCACAACAACAAAAGCAGCGAUGUCUCACUAAAAAAACAGCCACUCUCUGUGGCAUUAUCCUGGCAGGAAACACAGCGAUGUCUUGGUAAAAAACAACCACCUUCCGUGGCACCAUCCCAUCUGGAAAAGCAGUGAUGUCUCAGUAAAAUACAGCCGCUUUUCAUGCUACUAUCCUCAGUGGAAACACAGUGGCUCCUAAAAAACACCCACGUUUGGUUUCUAAAAAACACAAUGACUCGCUGAAAAACAGGCAGUUUAGUUUGUUGGUCUCAAUCAUUGGUCUGCAGCUUGACAUCCAUUUCCCCUGUUUGCCAUACCAUCCACCAUCCUCUCCACCUGCAGAUGACAAUUGGCUUGUGUCAUUGUAGAAAUGUUAAUAUAAUGCGUAUGAAACCUACAAAUGUAAUGUAUUCGUGGUUCGCAGAGACGUACACUAGCAACAUUUUCUUCCAGCAACGGGGCUGGGAUAACGCACGUUUUCAAACAUCUCUCCUCGAAGGUGUUCAUGGUGUUGCACUUUCACACCUCAGCCCACCUGGCGCUGCGUGCAGUGGAUGUGAUUGCCAAAUUGUAUUGUUUCAGAAAGAUUUUGAGGGUGUUUUAGACUGUCAGAAAAUCCAACAAGCAUGAAUUGUUCUGGGGCUUGUAGUGUGCGGUCAUCAUUCCAACUUUGCGAGAUGACAUCUGAUUUUUAAUUUAAAAAAAAAAAACAACUUUUCAGCUUUCAAGUCUUUGGUGAUUAGGGUUAUUGCCGUAUGUGUAGAAUUUAAAAAUAUUCUGUGUUGGCGCCCCCCAGUGGUUGUAUGAAAAAAUAACACUCAGUAGUAAAAACAAAAAAAAAGUCAUUAUCUCCUGCAUCCAGGAUCGGACCAUCUGCAACAAUUUUACUGGAAAUGUUACUUGUACAAAAAAAAACUUGUACAGCGAGCGUCAUGUUAAAAAAAAUUCUACCCAUAGUGGCUUUAAAUCCCCACAUUUUGGUUUUGUCCUUUUACAGAAAGCUAAUGUUAAAACGUGUUUAUUUUAACAUGACUUGCAAACACACAUGCAUAAAAUGUAUGCAUUAUAUUUACUUUAAAUUAAAGAUUGGUUUUCACGCCACCACAUCAUUUCAUCCAUGUGCAACAUCAUCUGGCAGUUUUUUAUUCCCAUAUUUGAACACUGUAUAAAGUAAGACUUGAGUGGCUGCUGGAGUGAGCUGAGCACAAAUCAAUAAGGUGAAAGUUCUCAUGAUACAAUCGAAAAUACUUUCUUUCUUUUUUUUUUCUUUUUUUUUUUUUACCAAAUCCAGGAAUAAUGUGCUGCAGCAGGUCCUGCCCACCUGCUCACUGGCUGCAAUGUAAAGAAAGCUUUCUUGUGUUGGCUCAUUCUCUGCUACAGGGCCGAUGGAACCUGCCAAAAGCUUCGUUAAUAGAUCCAGUUGGUUUAGGAUACUACUACUGUUUGUCUACACAAUAUGAUUGAAAUGAAAUCAUUAUCUCUCUGCCAUCGCUGGAAAUGGAUUUGUAGAAGAGACCAAGCCCUGUAAGAUGAAAUGGAGAACAAACUCCCUUCCUGAUGUAAGAAGUGAAAAAAAAGAAACAGCUCCUGUGUUCUGCUUCUCUGAAAUGUGUGAAAUAUUUGGGGUAAAUUUGACAAAAAAAGACGGCCAAUGGGAAUGUUGGCUGACAGGUACUGUUACGGGUGUAAGAAAAAAAAAAAAAAAGAUCUUUUAUUUAUUUUGUGGGUGUUUGAGUUGUUAAAUCAGAGCUCAGCAUUAAUUUUCCAAGCAGAAUGCCUUUGUUUGAUUUGUAACAGAGGACACUUUAGCCAGUCUGAUAACUAAAGUUCAGGAUGGUAAACAGCCGGGUCCUUUCCAAAUGACCUUCAAGGGUUUUUCUUACCCUGUGUUCUGUCUUAUGGUUUAUUGUGUAU